AUGACUUUGAAAGAGGAGGAAGAGGGAGAGACUUUCGAAAACGAUGUCAUCACGUCUUCUUCUCCUCCUUUUCCUCCCGAAAGAAGAACAUCUUUUUCUUCAGAAGCAGAGGUAAGCGCGUUUAGGAGUCCGCGAGGAUUUGGUACGAAACGAGAUACCGCCGCCGAAGAGGAGGAAGAGGAGAGAGACGACGGAGAUGUCGCGAACGACGACGUCGACAACACGACGAGUGCGAGUAAAAACUACAAAGAAAAGUACGCGAAAGCGAAGAAACGGAAUCAAAAGUUAGAGAAAGAAGUCGAGCGAUUACUGGAACGAGAAGAAACCGCCAAGCGGAGGUUCGACGAGCACGUCUCGAAGACGUCCUCGGUGUAUACGCAGAGAAUAGAAGGUUUAGAGCAUAAUUUACAGAGAGCGGUGUCGUCGUUUACGGAAACGAAGAAGCGGUUGGAAGAAGAGCAGAGAUUUAAGGAAGAGGCGGAGAGGAAGAAGAAAGAGUUUGAAUCGCAGAGAGACGAGUUGAGGGAUACGCUGAGAAGGGAGAGAGAGAACUUUGAGAAGGAUGGGAAGUUGCUCCGUUUCGCGUGCGAAGACGCGACGAAAGAGUUGGAGAUUGUGAAGCAAAGUUAUCGCGAGGAGAAGCAACACGACGAACAGGUGAUUCAGGGUUUACGGGACGCGUUGGAUGCAGUGGUCGCAGAAAACGAAGAGAAGAAGAAGGUUGGGGAGUCGACUUUUUCGCCACCGGCGACGCCGAAAUCGAAACCGCCGGCGACGCCGCCGAAAUCGCCUUCAGUCAUUUCGCAAUCGUUUCAGAUGGAAAAAGACCAGUUGGAAUUGGAAGUGGCGACACAGAAAGAGUUGGCAAAUCAAGCGAAAGAGAAAGCUGAAAGGGCGAUUAAGACCGCGCGAGUGGCGAUGGAAGCCGCGGCAACUCGAGCAAAGACAGACGGCGUUAAGAUUGAAAAGUUGGAGAAGCAACUGGCGGAGGCGAGAAGAGCGAGCAACGAUGAAACAUCAACGACAACAAUGUCUGCGAAAGAAGACGAUGAAAACGAAAACGACAACGACGACGACACUCCUCCUACUACUACUAAUGAUAACGAAGCUCUCGUCGAAGAAUUGAAAAUGCGAAUAGAAAAAUUAGAGUCACACUGCGCGGACGCAUCUGCUGCAGCGACGAACGCGGCGGAUGCUUUAGAUGCAGCCAACGAAGAAUUGGCGAUUGAGCGCGAAAAGUGUUCGUCGCUCGAACGCGAAAUGUUAACGCUCUCGAACGAUUUCGCCAUACUUACGGAGGCUUUUGAAAAAUCGCAAUCGGAGUUGACGAUGCGCGACGAGAAUUUAGCGGCGUUAGCGAAAGAGUUGGAAUUAUCCUUAGCGCUGAAUUCAAACGAAGACGCGGGCGGCUCGGAGAAGGAUAACGCGCUCUCGACUAUAGACAAGAAGAAGUACAAGAAAAACGAGAAAAGAGGACCUCUGUCGGAUGAUGAAUCCUACGAUAGCGACGAGGACGAAAACGAUCUUUCUAUGACUACCGGGAACGAAACCAUGUCCAGUCUUCGCGCGGAGCUUAGUUCUUUGCGCCAAAUUCACGACGCGACCGAACGUCGCGCGAACAACUACGCCGAGCGUUCUAAAUCCGCAGAGCUCGCUAGAGAUUCGGCGCUCGAUGAACUCGAUUCGUUGAAGCGCGAAAAAGUGAGACUUGAGGAACGUUUAGAAUCCGUCGAACAAGCGCAAACGACGCCGAAAACGCCCAAGGUGAAACCAGCGCUCUUGAAAGAGCUCGAGCAAACAAAGUCGAGUUUACAGAAAGAAAUCGAAACUCUCGAGGGCAACGCGGAAGCGCUGAGUAAAGAACUCGCUGACAUUGAGAAAGCUAAAUCGAGAGAAAUUGAACAUUUGCAGAAAGAACUCGAGCAAGCAAAAUCAAACGCGAAGAAGGAACUGAACGAGACAAAGAAAGAGACGGAAACACGCUUGUUGGCGCAGAUGGAAGCGCUUCGCGACGAGCUCGUGGCGUCCAAUCAACACCGAGAGGAGAUUAACGAGCAAAGAGAACGAGCUGAAUUGGACGCGAAAGAAGCGGUGACGCGAUAUGCCUCGCUCGAGAACGAUAAGAACGGAGUUAUUGCAAAACUCAACGAAAAAGUUGAAGCGCUCGACAAAGAGUUGAAAGCAAAAUCGGAGGCGUGUAAGCACGUCGAACGACAACUUGAGAUGGCGACGCAGGCGCAGAAAACACAAUCGAAAACAGCCGCGAAAGAAGUCGAAAGAGCGUACGCGAAAAAAAUCAAGGACCUCGAAAACGAAAUCGCCUCGACGACGAAACUUCGGGACGACGCGGAAAGAGCAAAGAGCGAUUUAGGUGCGGAGAUUGACCGCAUAAAGCUGGAGUUCACGGCUUAUAAAGCGUCCGUUUCGGAUAAAGAGCGCGACGAAAACCUCAAGCCGACGACGGCAAACUUCUACGAGAAAAUGCAAGCUAUUCGUGCAGCUGAGGAACUUCGAGCUGAACGCAACGAUCUCGCGCAAGACCUCGAAGACGCUCGAGCCGAUUUCAUGCGAUCAAUUAGAGAACAAACGACUCGCGCGGAAGAAGCCGAAGCCGCUUUGGAAGACUCCAAGUUAUCGGCGAAGAUUGCAGCGGACGCGGCGAGAAUUGAGUCGAUGGAAGCAACGAGCUUGGCGAGAAAGCACGCGGAUGAAGUCGCACAAGCGAGAAUAGCGCUCGCUGAUGCUCGAAAACACGCCGCGGGAGCCGAGAAACGCGCAGAUGUUGCCAUCGCGCGCGUCGAACGACGAUGUAAAGAAAUUGAAGCGCGGACGGACAGAGAUGUGGACAGACUGACGAUGGCGGUCGAAACCGCCGAGAAAGCGCAAAAGAGCUCGGAAGAGAAAGCGGCGCACGUCGACGCCGAAUUAGCGAACGCGAAAAGUCUCGUCCAAAGGUUAGCCGACGGUUUACGCGACGUGCGUCUCAAGAAAGAACAAGUGGAGAAGGACCAGCAACACGUCCAGCGAGAGCUCGAGGACGCACUUUCCAAACUUAAAGCUUCGAAACAGUUCGAGGUAGACGCGAUUAAAUUUUCUGGACGAAUCAAAGAACUCGAAGCCGAAGUGAAAGAGUUGAUCAUUAAAGCCAAACGCGCUGAGGCGGCGAUGGCCGAGGCAGAAAAACACGCCGAACACGCCGAAGAGGCGUUCGAUAAGAUUCGUCAGCUCGAACAAGAAGUUUCCGAUUUGGACGCGAGACGUUCUCAAGCCGAGGCGGCGUUGAAGACAACUUCUGGGAAUGCACCCGAAGCGUUUCGCGCGUUGGAAACUGAAAAUUCGCGUCUUGAAAAGCGAGUUAAACAGACGUGGCAAGCCUUGCAAGGUGCGCAUGCGGUGGCGGAGCAAACGAAGCACGCGGCGAGAGACGCGGUUCGCACGGCAAGACAAGCGGCCGCGAGGGCGGAAAAGGAAGCAGCUUUCUAUCGCGACCGCUCCGAAAAAGCCGAAGCGGCCAAAGUCGAAGCCAUGCAACGCGCAGACAACAUGAUCAACGACGCCCAGCAGCAAGCGGACGAAUACGCGAACGAAAAGUUGGAAAAGGAGAAGCGAAAGUUACAAAUCUUGGAGGAGAAGUUGCGUGAGGCGCAAAUGUUUUCAAAGAAGAUUGUUUUACCGAAAGUGAAAAGUCCUCCGAGGGGCUCAAAGCUUCGAGAUUUACAAAGUAAACAAGAAGAUUCGUUCAUUCCUUCUAUGCCAAGAAUCAACGUGGGUAAGAAAGAAGGUCCGCCGAAAAAAGUUGCGGCGAACGACUCGAAGAAGACCACCGCGCAGUUGGACGACGAAAUGGCCUCGGCGGAUUUAGUCUUGCAAGAAUACCUCACGCGAUCGCGCGAAAAUAGCGUUCGCUCGUCAUCGCCGCGUUCUAUAGGAUAA